UAUUCAUAAACGAUCGCUGGCGCGCCGCCAGCGGUUCGCCAAUCUCCCACGCAUAUUUGUCAUGCAGAGUCGUUCGCCAACAAUGACACACAUGCGCAUUCACUGAAAUUUUGGCGCGGCGUUAGCGAUUCGUUGGAGAUGGUCAGUACUAUCUCCGAGCGACCGCCAGAUUAGUAAAUAAUUUAAAUUUUGUUUUAUUUUUCAUAAUAAUUCGAUUUAACAAUGGAACGUGAUUUAGAUCUAUUAUAUAAUGCCCACAGGGAUAUUUUGGACAUAGAUUUUCAUAUACAUCGGAGGUAUAUUCGAGAUAUGGAAAACCCUUUUGAAUUUUACAGUGAAAUCCAAUUUAAAAAACGAUUUAGAUUUAGGAAAGAGGUGGUGCGUGAUAUUCUAUUACCAAUGGUACAUGUCCGUGAACCCAUGACUAACAGAGGAUUGCCGGUACCCACAUUGAUAGGAUUACUUUUAACGUUGCGUUUUUACGCUAGCGGAAGUUUUCAGAUUGUCUGUGGAGACUUGAAAGGACUCAGCCAAAGUACUGUAAGCCGAGUUGUGACAAGAAUCACCAGAAGACUUGCAGCACACUCUAGAACAUAUAUCACAUUUCCACUUAAUGAGGAUAUUCCGGAAAUGCAACGGCAAUUUAGUACAAUUGCUAACUUUCCAAAUGUCACAGGGUGUGUCGAUUGCACACAUAUCACUAUCAAGAGUCCAGGAGGAGAUGUUGCCGAACUGUUCCGAAAUAGAAAACGAUACUUUUCUAUUAACGUACAAGCAACUUCAGGUCCUAAUUUACAAAUAUUAGAUAUUGUUUCACGAUAUCCAGGAAGUUACCAUGACAGUUACAUUUUUCAAAGGAGUUCCUUAAAGGGAAAGUUUCAACGAAGAGAACUUCCUGGAUAUUUGCUUGGUGAUGCGGGAUAUCCAUGUUUACCUUACUUGCUGACUCCAUUUAGACAAGUACGUACUCCAGGAGAAAGGCGAUACAACCAAGCACAUAUUCAGACAAGAAAUACCGUAGAACGAUUAUUUGGUGUUUUAAAGCGCCGAUUUCCUUGUUUGAGUCGGGGACUUGCUACCAAGAUCUCCACUUCCUGUUAUAUUAUCGUAGCUUGUGCUAUUCUUCAUAAUAUUUCCAUUACUUACCGUGACAUCAUAGACGAACCUCUACAGAUCGACGAUGAUGUUCCAGAAAUUAUUUUUCGUGAAGGAAAUUUAGGUUUAGGUAAUGUGAUGAGAAACCAUAUAGUUCAUAAUUAUUUUGAUUAAAAAUCUAUA